ACCGAAGACAGGCGGACAGCAGACGACAGACGACGUUUUGUGAUGUUUGUUUGGAUGGGAGAAGACUGUCAGUAGCAAAACUUCGACGCCAUGAGACAGUUUGUGAUGCUUUUGCUUUUGUUGGUCGCUUAUGGCGUCAACGUGUCGGAUGGAGUAUCGAGGCCAAAGUUCCCGGACUGCAGCGAGACCAAAUUCCCCAGUCCAGAGAAUGUGCUCCCUGGAGGAUCCUGCAUCAUUCAACGAUGGGGUUGGGACAAACAAAAUGAUGGCACUUUUCGGAACAUAGAUUGUGAAAAUCUUCGGCUUAAUGAAACUUUGGAUGGGAAGGUCGUUCCUAAGAAUUCACAAAAUUUGGUUGAAGUAAAACUUGGGGUAUUUCAAUACCUUCACAACCAUAGAUCAUACCCAAAUCCAACUAUAUCAUUUUCAAAAAUAAAUUGUACAGACGUAAUGGUAAAGCUGAGCGUUGUGGACAGCAACAUUACAUCCUGUAUCAAGUUCAACUUUUCCACUUCAGAUCCUAAACUGAUGGAAAAAGCAGAUUUUCUGUACGACUGUCGCUGGCUUCCGCACCAAUACGAAAAUAAUGUAAUUGAAGCCCCCAUGACCAUUGAAUAUCAGGCCAGCAAUAAAAUAAGUGCAGAAUACAAGAAAUAUUAUUUCAGACUACCACAAAAUGGAACAGCUGAUCGAGAAGAAACCGGGUUUCGUGACUUUCAACUUCUGGUUUACCGCGAACAGCAAACUGAUUCUCCCUGUGUCAGUUUUUAUUGGUCGAGACCUCCAGAAAAAUUCAAUGUAUCAAAAUACAAGGUCAAUUUACACAACAAGAAUGACAAUGUUACAAAGCCAGACUCAUUCUUUGUUGAUGAUCCAAAGACAAGCAUCUGCUCACUGCCAGAUGUUAAUACCAGUUAUUUCAUAUCCGUUGAGCCUUGUAUUUGUUCAGAGGGCAAUUGCACCUGUGGUGCUGCUUCUGUCUCAGAGACAUUCUGCACCAAUGUCUCAAAUAUUCACUUCACUAUUGUUCUCUUAGUUGCUCUUAUUAUAUUAAUCAUCAUUCUGCUUCUGCUUUGGUGCUGGUAUUUGAUCAAGCUGUAUGUCAGUACAAGAACAACGAGGUUCCAAAACUGUAUCCUUGUGUUUGAACCAUCAUGUAAAAGCCACGUAACCGUAGUGACAAAGCUUGUGGAAUUUCUGCGCAGUUUGCGUGUGCCAGUGCUAUAUGGUGAAACAGAUAUCGGAGAUCAGAACUCUACAGAUUGGUACAGUGAAAACUUGAGCAAUGCUGACUUAGUGUUGAUUGUCUCAAAUCCCAAACCAAAGAACGAAAUUGAUUUUAUGACAGCUUCUACGUCCUACCCUGUGUACACAAGAGGCUGUGUAAAAAGUUUUUUGAGAGAUAUAAUUCACACUCAAAAAAAAUUCAUCAGGAUACUAUUGCCAUACUGCGAUGUACAUGAGUUCUAUGAUUUUACUCGAACAAAGGAGUUUUACCAUCUAGAAAAAGAACCUCACAGACUCCUCAAAGAAAUUCUGGGACCCUACAUAUGGAUUCCGCGCAUUCUUUCUCGGGUGUUGUUUGCUCCCUACUUACAAACAGAGGAGUGGAAAAAUUUAAAACUAGCAAUUAAAGAAGCAAAGAAAUUCAUCAAUGCGUCAGAGGCAACUGCACCACUGAAGAAUGAAUAUGAGGUGGAAUAUGAUCAGUCCUGUAAUACAUUUUCCUCAACAAUAUCUGAUGACGAAGGGGCUCCUGACGUGGAGCUCAGAAACCAGAAGUUACAGAAGUACAUAGAUGAGGAAUCCUCUGGUAGUGAAAGUGAAUUUCAACUUCACAAGGACUUUGAGGAAGAGUCUCACAAAUCACUUGAUGGUAUGUUGGAUGCACAGCUGUUCUACGAUCAUGAGAUUAGCACGUCCCUCACAAAUCCCUAAUCUGGGAGGCAAUACCUUUCACUUCACAGUGUCAGUAACUUUUAGGUGUCACAAUUUUUUAAUAAUAAUGACUCUAAAGCAAAAUCUUAUAAUUUUACUAGAUUAAACUAGACUAAGAUAAUCUAGCACUUUGUGUGGCAUUGUUGUUUGUUGUGACUUUUUGUAUGUACCUGUUCAACUUUGUGAUAAUAAUUAUAAGUUUAAAAAAAUCAA